UGGACUUUUAUUAUGGAAAAUAUUUUGGAGGCCAUAUUGAAAGCGUGUUUGGCCAUGCCGGAAAAUAAACAGCACUCCGCGUUCACGAUUUGAUGUAGAAGUUUUCGGUGUCUCGUGUUAAAGCCAUGGACGAACAGCUAACUGAUGGAUACAGCGAGCCAUGCGGCCAGUGCGCUGCUGUGAACUGGGGAGUAUCAGACGAGGGCCAGUUCUUCUGCAGGAGCUGCCACAAUGUGAUCGAGAAAACUAGGGAGGUGGUGGAUGUAAACACCUUUCAUAGUAAAAACAGCAGGAUCUCGCAAAUAACAAAUCCCAAAAAGAAAACACAAGAAAGCGAGCGGGAGUGGGUGGUGUGCGAGGGAUUUCAGUUCAUCCUGAAACACCAGGCCAAGGCUUUGGUCAGUCUUGGUGUCUGCAUGAAGUUUGAGACAGAGGUUUUGUGGAAUUUCUGGAAGAGAUACCUGCAGAACACGCAGCAAGCUUUCACCAAAACAUCAGUGUACACAUCAGUGUCUACAGUGUUCAUGAAUGGUUCGGACUCUAACUCUCAAAGUGAACUUUCAGAUCACACCGAUGGUAUUACGUCUAUGUCAGAACACACGUCAGCCUCAGGUUACGCGCAGUCAUCAGUAUGUUCAGGGUCUAUGGAUGCUGUUGUGGACAAGAGUAUGAGGGGAAAGAAAAUCCGUAAUCUUAUGACCAUGCCACGGACACUGGCCCUGUGCUAUCUGGCUCUGCUGUGGGUCAGAGAGGCCAUCACUCUGGCUGACUUGCUGAGGUUGGUCUCAGAGCAGCGUGUUCCUUACAUUAACAUUCACCAGGCAUUUCCAGAGGCCUUGAGACUGUUUGGAAAAGAUGUCAGCUUCUUUAACGUUCGGCAUCUUCCGUCCUACUCGCUGGUUCAUAAAGAAGCUGAGAAUCUGGCUCGUAUCUUGAAGUUACCCUCCUUCCCAAAAGUUUCCUCAGACUGCCUUCUCCACCCGGUUCCGCUCACUGUCCGCUAUCUGUUGGAGGCAAACCUCCCAAAUGACCUCCAUGACUGGGUCCACGAGGUUAUAAGACAGGCUUCUAUAGGGGACAUCAAUUUUCUGACCUUUGACCCCAGCAAGAAAAACUCUCAUCUCUUGCGCUAUGACAUUCAAGCAGUAGCUGUCAUCAUCGUCACCUUAAAGCUUCUUUUCAAGUUGGAUGAUCAUGUGGAGUGGACGUUAUCUGAGGAAACAGCCAAGAAGGAGAAAAAUAACUUUUUCCAGGUUAAAGAGUGGUUUGAUGUUGUGCAUCCUGUCUUGGAGCAAGCCAGAAAGAAGGAAGAACGGGAAGAAGCCAAACGACAAUGGGGAACCACUAAGCCUUUAAUUACAUCACUCAAACGCAAGAGCUUGGUUCUGAAAAAAAAGCGUGUUACUGAAUAUUUGGAGCAGAAAUUUCAGAAGUUUACGGAUUCUGAACCAGAACAGUCACCUUCCUUAAACUCUUAUGCCAGCUUUCACUUCAGCUGGGGAAAAGAGGAGGGUUCGAAUGGACCCAGUAUGUAUGACAAUCGUUUGGACUGUACUUGUAUGAAAGGUGGGUUCACGCACCUCUCCAACCGAAAGUACUGGCAUCCCGACCUGAAACUAUGCAUAGACAAGUUGUGUGGAGAUCAUUUCUCAGAAAUUGAGCCCAGUUUGCCCAGGAUGUAUGUGUGGGUCCUCGAUCUCUUCUCUUUCAUUCUGGGAGUGCGUCAGGCAGAAGUGCACAGAGAGGUCGUCAGCGUUGAACGUCUAUUUUUGAAGCAUGAAUGCGAGGUUCAAUGGACUUACUGCAAAAAGAGAAAAAGGACAAAAACCCAUGUCAUUAGAAAGAAAACCCGUGUUCAUAAAGAUAUUAUCACCGAUUAAUUAUAAAUAUGCAGAUUGUUCUUUUGUCAUUUGUCAUAUCAAAUUAUCAUUUUUGAGCAUUAUUUUUAUUAGUGCAAUAUUGUUUUCUGUCAUUAAACUUGGAAUAAACGAUAUCUGUUUCCCUCAA